AUGGCUGAGGACUUCUUCUGUUGUAUUUAUGAGGCGAAAGUUGUCGCCGAUCUCCGCCAUCCGCACACAAGGAACGAUGCAAGAUUGACCGUUGCAGAACGGCAGCGGUUAUUAACUGCCUUCUACCAUUCAUGGGACCUCCUCCGCAACUUGCAAGUAUCUGGAGAGAAUGCAAGAUCUGCGCUUCCAGCUCUUUCACCACGGGCCCUGUUUCUGGCUUUCGAAACAGUGGGCUUCAUGCACGAUCAUGUGGAAGAGCCUUAUAUGCGCCACAUUUCACGACUACUCGGAGGCGAUAGAGAUGUCUUCGAGAAACUUGGAAUUGCUGCGGUGCUGCGCCUCUGCCUCCUGUUCAAUGAGCGGUUGGGACAACUAGCAGAAGACGAAACAUCAGUUUACCGCGGUUACUGUCUUCCUCCCAAAACACCUUUGGGGCUCUUCGCAGCCUUUGAUCACUGGCAGGAAAUCUGCGAAGAGCUGUUUGGAGAAUUUUGA